CAUCAGUUUUUUUCACGAAAUAAAUCCUCCUCCCAGUGGUGUCUAAGAAACUCCCUGUAAACUCCUGGUAAAAUCUGUGCUCAAGUGUCGAAAAAAACCUGAUAAAUCCACGAAAUAUCGAGUGGCAGCUGGAGGAGAACAAUAUUCGUUGACAGAGAAGCCUUGAUGUCCGUGCCACCACCUGGUGAUGUCAUCAUACACGUUCUCACAGAAGAUAAUCACCCCAAUACCCCCUCAGAAGGGUAGUUUUCCCCUGGAUCAUGAGGGCUAUUGCAAAAUACCGAUGAUAAAGUACAUGCGUUGUCUUCACACCAACAAAAACGAUAACAACAAAUGUCGAGAGGAUGCCAAAGAGUAUCUUGGGUGUAGGAUGGAAAAUAACCUCAUGAGCCGUGAGGAAUGGUCGAAGCUUGGAUUUCACGAUGUUGAUAGUGUUGAAGAGGACAAAACAACAAAGAACACAUAACC